AUGUCGGUGAAUCCGAUCAACAUAUCCCUCUUCCUAACGUUAGUGAAAAAGUUUUAAGAAAGGUUCUCGAAUGGUGCGAACAUCAUGUUAAUGACCCGCAACCAACUAAUGAUGAUGAUGAUUCUCGCCGGAGAAAUACAGAAAUUGAUGAUUGGGAUCAACGAUUCCUAAAUGUCGAACAGGAUAUGCUUUUUGAAAUCAUUCUGGCUGCUAAUUACUUGGAUAUUAAACCAUUAUUGGAUAUUGGUUGCAAGACCGUUGCCAAUAUGAUCAAGGGUAAGUCACCCGAGGAAAUUCGCUCCACAUUCAAUAUAGUCAACGAUUUUACUCCCGAAGAGGAAGAACAAAUUAGGAAAGAAAAUGAGUGGGCUGAGGACCGAUAA